GGGAGUGAAAGCGAGUGCGUGCUGACGUCACCCGCUCGCUCCUGUCAGUCAACGCCAAAAUAAAAAAGCAGGAGAAACUUUCCCACCGAGCUCGUCUGUGAUAAAUCACCCGGAGGAGAAGCCGCGAGGCCGCCGCGUUGUUCCCGGGGGGCUGUGAUGGUCGUAGUCCGGACACGACGCCGCCCAGGAGCCCGUGUUUCCCCCUCGCCUCUGCCGGGGACGCUCGCAGGGAGGCUGCGGGGCUGGAGCCGCGUAGCCGAGCGCUGCUAGCUAGCGUCGACCAGCGGAGGACCGUGGAGCCAGACGGCGGCUGAUCCGGGCUCGUCCGCCCGACACAGAGCUGUGCGACGGGGAGCAGGGUCACGGUUUGCUGACAGUGCAGCGGGACAAGGUCAAACCCUGGACGGCAGAUCUGCUCUCCUGUCCGGGCUGUCAACCGCAGUGAGGAGGCUCCAUGUGCUGCUGCCUCCUCCUCCUCCUCCUCCUCCCAUGGGGCAGUGUAGUGAACCAGGCUGCCAGGUGAGUGAUGGAGACGAGGGAGUUGACCGUUGUAGCUGGCAGCUUCGUGGGUUUCCAGCUACUCUUCUCAGUGGCCAGCCCGCUGCUCUCCUACGCCAUCGCCCCGGGUUAUGGACGGCUGCCUCACACCAAACUGACAGAGUGGAACUCCAGGUUGGUGUCGACCGUGCACGCUCUCGUUGUGGGCUUGCUCUGUUUGUACAUCUUGUGGUUCGAUGACGAUGUCAACGCCAACCCCGUCUGGGGCGAACCCGGGCUCGUCAAACUCAACGUAGCCAUAACAUGUGGUUACCUCCUUUACGACCUCGUGCUGCUCGCCUGUAACUGGCGCACUAUGGGGGACAGGUUUUUUGUCUGUCACCACUUGGCGGCGCUCUACGCAUAUGGAUAUGUGCUGACUCGUGGCGUGCUUCCUUACUUUGCAAACUUUCGGCUUCUCUCAGAGUUGUCAACACCGUUUGUGAACCAAAGGUGGUUCUUCGAGGCAUUAAAGUUCCCCCGCGGACACUGGAUGGUGGUGUCGAACGGCGUCGCCAUGGCGGUGGUGUUCUUCCUGGUACGCAUUGCCGUCAUGCCGUCUUACUGGUUCAGUGUAUUCGCCACCUUUGGCACCGAAGAGUUUGACCGGCUGGGUUUGGGCGCCCAGGUGGCCUGGAUCACGUCCUGCAUCGCCCUGGACAUCUUGAACACUAUCUGGAUGUACAAGAUCACCCGGGGCUGCUACAAAGUCCUGAUCGGGAGAGUCAGAGGAGGACGGAAGGUGAAGGAAGGAGCAGAGGAGUCGUCUUCCCCCCCUGACGGGAAGUGCGUCAACAACCACAAGGACUAAAGAGACGUAGAGUACAGGAUGUGUAGACGCAGACAGAAGCAGGGAGGCAGGCUGGACUCAGCAUCCUUCACCCCCCCCACUGCUCCAAUCCCUACGGUUAGCCCCUGAUCUCGUUGCAGUCGGCUACUGGACCGGGCUGAGACUCCUCAGGCUCUGACCCCGUCCCCGGACAAGGAGACGGCUCUUUGACUAACUCAAGCACCAGCCUUGUUUUUCACUGACAGAUUCGUAUCCUGCUGGGUGACGGCUUUCGGUCGCAGACAGAGCUCACAAGCACACUUUUAACUCCACUCGCCUGUUUCGUCGCCGCCGCCAUUCCUCCCUCUCAUCACCCCCCCCACAGUCUCCUGUCACACUCAACUUCAGCCAAAGCCCAACCCUCUGAAGUGCCUGUGAACGACAGGAAAGCAAUAAUCCCGGAGGAACAAGAUCGCGAAGCUCAACGCCGUUUAUCCCCUUUAGACGACCUCCAUCUGCUCCUGAAGAACGACCUCUUCUGUUUUUAAUACCGCGUCCACACUCGAGGAGACGUGACGUUCAGAGUGAGGAGCUCUCCCAUCAUCAGACCCGUGCAGUGUUUGUGAAUCUACAGGGCUCUCGUCUGGAACUCAUCUGACCUCACAAAAAGAGACAGGAAAAACACCAUAAUGCCUCUUCUACAGUUUCACCUGCUGUGGCCUCCUUGUGACAAGUGGCGCCUGCCGAUAUCACCAGCCCUCCAACCUUCCUUAUGAUUUGGAAUAAAUAUAUAGUAGAGCACUGAGCAUGCAGGAAAGGGAAAGACACGCUCUCUAACACCCUUAACCUCUCGCAGGACGAAUUAUGCCUUUUCAGUAUUCAUCACGUCAGUCUCUUCAGUCUCUUUAGCCGUCACAGUAACGCGUCUCAAUCUAAUAUCACCGUCCAUCCAUCGCAACCCUCUGCCUCACUGGAUAGAGCUCCACUAUCCAGCUCGAACAUUUGAUUUUGUUCUACCUCUCCCCCGGCCUUACAGACACUCUGUCAAUCCCUUUCCUCGUGAUCCGAUCAACUCUCCCUCUUUUCUUUCUACUCUUCUGUACGUAGCCUUCUAAGUGUGGUGUGUGUUGUGGUGUCACCGGUGCAGAGGGGCCGUCUGGUCAGUGCAGGGAAACGCAGUGGCAUCACUUUUCUCACUAAAAAAAACGUCCAGUCAGUGUCGAGCGGCACCCCCGAGGCUUUUAUACUUCCAUUUAUUCUCAGUGACCCUGAGGACCUAAUGGAGGACAGGGGGUUCUCACACACACACACACACAGAGAAUAGCAUGCUAACCACACACUGUAUUUGCUGCCCUUCUCCAACACUGACGUGGUGCUCCCCCGUUUGCUGAAUGUUAGCAAUAUGACAUUUUUCAAAUUCUUUUCUAUCUAAUACUCAAAUUUAUAUGGAUGUACCGAUCUGUGACAACAAAAUGCUGUUGAAAGCAACGUGGCAAUCUGCAUGUUUGUUUUUUCUUUCUGUAUAAAUGUAUAAAUCAUGUCUCUAACGCAUGGUAAGAUUGACAUAUUUCUGUGAUGCCUUAGUGAAUAGUUACCAUAGAUGAAUAACAUCUAAACAUUAAUUGCAUUGAUCUAAUGCGGAGAAGGGUUUGUCUUCCAAAAGCAGGUGAUGUUUUUGCCUCUGGGAGGAAACUGACUGCAUGUACGUGUGAUUCCUCUCUGCUGUCCCUGCAUGUCUGUACAUAUACUCACAUACAGUAACUCUGCAGGUACCGUUUUCCUACUGUAUGGCUAACGCACUAAUCCUGGCCUCGUUCUCUGCAGAACGGUUCAAUUCGGUUUCACAAGCACUAACACAGGCGACGUCACGACAGACAGAAACACAAGAGGUUGAAGAUACAGAUGCAUUUGUCCUCUGCUCCCGUUUUGACUCCCUGUUUUUGUGUUUGCUUUAACGAGUCCUCCACCAGUUCAGCAUCGGGCUCCUGUGACGUUUUCACACUCACGAUGUCAGUUGUUUGUUUGUUUGUUUUUUAAAGGGGGAAAAGAAUCGAUGCAGUAGAACCAGAGGUUAUCGUCAGGUUUCCAUUCAGCUGCAGCGCACGUUUUAACAAAAUUCCUAGAGAUGUCUGUAGGAGAACACUAACGAAAGUACACGUGUACAUCGAGUAGUUCUAAUUCUGCAGCCAGAUGCAAUGAGACAGAGACUUUAAGAAGAAACACUGGAAAACAAUAACUAAUUAUCAUGUUUUUUUUAAAUGUAUGAACUGUCUCCUCUGCUCCACACACAUCAGAUGGUAGUUGGCACUAAAUUUAAUCUCUUUAAUGGAGCUAAUGGUUCAGUCCCAUGCUUCAGGUCGGUCGUUAGUGAUUCAGGAAGUCUGAGCACCUUCUAACGUAGCUGGAGCCGAGAUGAGGAGCAGGUCCGCGUCACUCUUUAUUUCUAACGUCUUGUUUCCAUCCUCCACCGACGCUGACUCCAGUCACUUGAGGCAUUUCUUUUAUCGAACUUUGCACAGCUCCUCUUGGAGCCACACGAGGCUUUAUUCGACCAGUACAUCCCAACAUCUGUGAACAAGUUAUUAAAUUGUUGGAUUUCCCAUUUAAGUAUAUCCGUCGUUGCAGAGUUGGUCUAAGAAUGUGUGUUGGUGUUUUCACUGGAACCAUGAAGCACACUCCCUGCGGAGCCAUGACUCAGUGAUCUCCUGUCUUUCUGUCUGUCACCACAGAGGGGGCUACAGUAACUUGUGCCUUUACACAAACGGUGGAUGUGAUUCGGGCAGAUUUGGAUUAGCAUGAUCUUUCUAGUGUAAUAAAUACCCAGUGAUUAUUUCCCCUCUAUUCCGUAUGUAUACUCUGUGUAUAUUUUUAUAAUCUGCCUGCACAAUGAUUAAUCCGGCCAAGUAUUAUAAUCCAAAGUUGAUCCGUCGUCAGGAGCCUGUUGUGUGUAGAUUUUUUGUUGUUGUUGUUGUGCUCUCCUGGUUACAGGGAUGUGUGUGUCUGUCUGUGAAUGUUGUGAUGGGUCGUUCAGUGGCAUUACGAUGAGCUCACGGCGUCCGGCGUGAUGAAAACUGAAAAUCAAACUAUAUAUUUUUGACAUGAGCUCUUCGAAGACGGACACGUGGUUCACGGGAAAGGCUAACAUCUCGUUUCUCCGGCCUUCUCCACUCAAAACUGUGAAUAGAUUAGAAUAUAGCUGUAACUGUUCAGUCUAGAUACUAAAGUGAUCGGGGGGGGGGGAGGUUUGACGACGUGUUCUGGAAUGUCUUUUUAGUUUGAACGUUGAACUGAACUUUUAUACUUGUCAGGAUUUUCUACAGAAUUAUAUUUCAAGCCCUGAUAUUUGUGCUGUAUCUCAAAACCUGGAGCUGCUGGGAAGUCGACAGAAUGAAGUGAUGAGGCUGCUGUAACCUGAACUUAAUAUUGUGUCAGGUUAGAACAACCCGAUUGCCUUUGUUUCUUUUGGGGGAGGCCAACGUUCAUUAUAUUAUAUAAUGAAUAUAUUUUAAAAAUAUAUAUAUAUCAGAAAGGUAUAAGGAACCAGCUCAGUAUCCUGUUCUGAGAUCGAGUACAUUAUAACAAAGCUGCAUUCAAAUUGGUACUAAUACAGUUUAUUGAGCUGCUCAUCUCAAGGUUACACACGGUAUUUAACACAGCAACUAUUAGUGCUUCUCAAAUCUUGUUUUCAAAUUUGAUCCUGUACGAACAAUGAAAUGUGACUGACUGGAUCUCCGAGGACGACAGCUGUCGCGUGAUGGUUCAAAAACGACUGGAAAACCUUCAAUCAAGUGACUUGCCAGUUUUUGUUUCUCCUGUUGAAUGACUUGCCAGUGUGGCUUAUGUUCCCUCCUUUUUAAUUUUGUCUCCUAAUGCGAUGCAAUUUCUUCCUGUGAUUACGUUUGUGUUUUUUUUUUUUUCCUCCUGGAGGUUUUAAUGUGAAACAGCCGACACCUCCACACUGGCCUUGGGGGCCUCGUCUGAGCGUCGCGUCGUGGCUCAGAUUGUUGUCGUCUGCAAUCACCACUACUAAUGAUCAUGUAAUUGUAGUGAUGACAGCUGAGACUUACUUGAAAGUGUUAAUCUUCAAUAAAGUUGAAGACGAGAGAAAA